AUGGGACCGCCACACGGGGACCACCUCACGGAUCCCUUCACAGACAACCCCAUAAAGCCACCUCAUGGGGACCACCUCAUGGGACCUCCUCAUGGGACCUCAUCACAGACCCCCAUGUGGGACCACCUCACGGGGACUCCGCUCACAGGACCCCCUCACGGAGACCACCACACGGGACCACCACAUGGGGACCACCACACGGGGACCACCACACGGGACCACCACACGGGGACCACCACACGGGGACCACCAAACGGGACCACCACACGGGGACCACCACACGGGGACCACCAAACGGGACCACCACACGGGGACCACCACACGGGACCACCACACGGGGACCACCACACGGGGACCACCACACGGGACGACCACACGGGGACCACCAAACGGGACGACCACACGGGGACCACCACACGGGGACCACCACACGGGGACCACCACACGGGGACCACCAAACGGGACCACCACACGGGGACCACCACACGGGACCACCACACGGGGACCACCACACGGGGACCACCACACGGGGACCACCAAACGGGACCACCACACGGGGACCACCACACGGGACCACCACACGGGGACCACCACACGGGGACCACCAAACGGGACCACCACACGGGACCACCACACGGGGACCACCACACGGGACCACCACACGGGGACCACCACACGGGGACCACCACACGGGACGACCACACGGGGACCACCAAACGGGACGACCACACGGGGACCACCAAACGGGGACCACCAAACGGGGACCACCACACGGGGACCACCACACGGGACCACCACACGGGGACCACCACACGGGGACCACCUCAUGGGGACCACCAAACAGGUCCACCACACGGGGACCACCACACGGGACCACCACACGGGGACCACCACACGGGACCACCUCACGGAUCCCUUUACAGACAACCCCAUAAAACCACCUCAUGGGGACCACCUCAUGGGACCUCAUCACAGACCCCCAUGUGGGACCACCUCACGGGGACCCCCCUCACAGGACCCUCUCACGGAGACCACCACACGGGACCACCACACGGGACCACCUCACGGGACCACCACACAGGACCACCACUGGAGACCAUGUCACAAACCCCCUCAUGGGACCACCUCAUGGGACCACCUCAUGGGACCUGUCAUACGACCUAG